GUUAUCUUUGCGCGCGAGAUUCGGCCGACAUAUUUAGCGGAAAACGGCAAAUUGAACAAUGUAAAAUGUGUCGUGGAAACGCAAAAAUACGCAUUAUCGCGAUUUAUAAUUAAACGACAAUAAACACCGACCGCCGUACCGAUAUUGAAAGUUAUUUUGAACGACUCUUUGUUUCGGGCGUUGUCACUUGUCCUGUAUUCCUGUUAUUAAUUGUCUUUUUCGCUUUCUCAGUUGUACCGCACCGAAUAGAAGUAAAAAAAUCAUCCGAUCAAGAUGCCAAAAAUUAAGAAAAAUGUUAAUGAUGAAAACAAAUGCCCAGAUAAAUUGACGGUCAAAAAAAGAAGUAAACCAGUUUUCAAAUUUGAUAUGAAAACAAUUCUAAAAGAAAGACAAGCUGAGAGUGAAUUUUGGAAAAAAUAUGCUGAAAUUGAUAAAGAGAUGAAAGUUGUAGAUGUUUUGUUUCAAAAAGAAGUGAACAAUACUAUUAACCAAAGUGAUGAUAAACUUGUAUUACCAAAGUUAGGAUAUGUUAUAUUUGACCCCUCUAAGUUUAAUGUAAGCUUUGAAGAGAAUUCUGAUAUAACAAGAUCAUAUUAUUCGCAACAGCUACUUCUAAUGUCAAUUGAGGGAAAAGAACUCGAAGCCAACAUUAUUUUUAAUAAUCUGAUGAAGUCAAAUUGGUCUCCAGUAUUUGAAGAUGUCCAAUGUAUUUUAUCAAACUGGGGAGCUGAUUUGAAUUCAUUGACUAAUAGUACACUAUUAAAGUGUGAAAUAAAUGAUUGCAAGAACUUUGAACGGCACAAUUUUGAAUUGGUAAUGAAAUUCAUAUCUUAUAAUAUAGAGAAAAAUAAUAAGACAUUUAGUGAAGAUGAGCUACUAACAUUGGCACAGUAUAUUGCCAAAAUAUCCUUUGAUCAGUAUUGUGGACAAAUGAUAAAUGUUAUACAACAAUUAUUUAGUGCUUGUAUUGAAACUGCAUUACAAGAAGACGAUGAUGCUUCUAUUAUAACAUUUGCUCAAGGAUUGUACUCGCAAUAUAAUACUAAACUACUUAAAAUGGUUGUUGAUCUAUUCCUCCCUUUAAAAGGAAAGAUAAUGAAAAAAAGUAUAUAGUUAUAUAACAUUCAAACUAUAUAAGUCACUUUUAGAAAGAACCAACAACAUGAGUGCAUUUCCAACUAAUAUUAAAGAAUGGUUUGUUCAAGACUUAGUGGAUAAAGAUUUUUUCAAUAGACGACCAAAAAGAAUAUUAUACCGUCUUAUUCGGCUGUUGGAACAUGUCGUCAUUGUUUUUGAUUUGUACAGGGAUGAAAAAAAACUGAGUGAAAUGUAUGACUUUUUGAAUG